AUGGAAACAAAGCUAAUUAUUGGUCUCAAAAUCUCCUCGUCGCCAUCGACACCGUGGUUUCAACGUCCUGGGCAAGCACGUAAUAAGAUCAACAACAAGUCGACGGGUAGAAAUAGUAGUCAUCAUCUCGUGGUGGUAGCAGUGUUGGCCAGGCCGUCGGAGAAUAUUAUAGGGGCUGCCGAGAAGAGGAGCACGGAGUAUAAUGACAACUGGUUCGAGAAGGAGGCAAUAAACUACCUGUCCCGUCACGUCCAAGAGGCGACGGGGGCUCGAAACGAGAAGAAGGGAUACGAGAGCUUGGUGCAGGCGACGAUGGAUGUAACGAGGAAGUUCGAGGUCACGCAGCAGCGUCACCUUGUGGUUCAGGCUCUUGCAAACGCCAUUCCCUCUCCAAUCCUUCACUUGGUAUACUCAUCAACACAACCGCAGAUAAGGACGGUUCUUCCAAACUCAAAAUUCAAACGGGAGUAUUUCGCUGCUUUCACCACCGUCUUCUUUGCCUGGUUGGUUGGCCCUUGUGAGGUAAGAGAAUCAGAGUUGAAUGGGAGAAAGGAAAAAAAUGUUGUCCACAUAAACAAGUGCAGGUUCUUGGAACAGAGCAAUUGUGUAGGAAUGUGCAGCAAUCUGUGUAAGGUGUCGUCUCGAACCUUCAUCAACGGCUCCUUUGGAAUGCCGGUCAACAUGGUUCCUAGUAAGUUAGCAGCAGCUGCUGCUUUCAUUUCUUAG